AAAGGCAGGGCCGGAGGUCUUAGCAGCCACACACACUUUCUUCAGCCUCCAGGUUGCUUGGAUUAAAGAUGCAGACACCACAGCGAAGGGCCCCCAGUCUCCUGCUCAUCCUUCUGGGCCCCAUCAUGCUGGCGGUGGAUUGGGUUUCUAUGGAGAGCCAAGCAGAUUUGUAUGAGCGUGAGAAGGAGCCGGCUUAUUGGGAUGCUCAGGCCCGUGCAACACUGGAUGCUGCAUUGAAACUCCGCCCCCGUGAGCACCGAGCCAAAAACAUCAUCCUGUUCCUUGGUGACGGAAUGGGCGUGUCCACAGUGUCUGCAGCCCGAAUUCUGCGAGGUCAGAUGGAGGGCGGGUCCGGAGAGGAGACGAUGCUGGCUAUGGACACUUUUCCAUAUGUGGCCCUGUCAAAGACCUACAGUGUUGAUAAGCAGGUAGCAGACAGCGCUAGCACAGCAACAGCCUACCACUGUGGAGUAAAGGCUAACGCUAAGACAGUUGGACUCAGUGCCAUGGCGGUGGCCUACGAAUGUAACACCACCUUUGGUAAUGAGGUCUACUCGGUACUACGACGUGCAAAAGCAAAAGGUAAAUCUGUAGGCAUAGUGACUACCACCCGUGUUCAGCACGCCUCUCCAGCCGCUGCCUACGCCCAUUCGGUCAGCCGGAGCUGGUACAGCGACGCCGAUCUUCCCUCUAACGCCCGCCGACAGGGCUGCAUCGACAUUGCCACCCAACUGGUCUCCAACGUCGACAUUGAUGUGAUUCUGGGUGGAGGGAGGAUGUACAUGACGCCCAAAGGCACCCCCGAUCCUGAGUACCCCACCUCCAACUCUCGCAAGGGGGACCGAAAAGACAGGAAGAACCUCAUUGAUGUGUGGCUUCAGGCCAAACCAAACAAGAAAUCACACUAUGUUUGGCACAGGAAGGAGUUUGAUGAGAUAGAUGUUCGUACUACAGAUCGGCUUAUGGGUCUGUUUGAGCCAAAGGACAUGAGAUUUGAGGUUUUCCGGAACAUUACCCGUGACCCGUCUAUUGUGGAGAUGACGGAAAAAGCCAUUCAGAUCCUCAGCAAAAAUCCAAAAGGAUACUUUCUGUUUGUGGAAGGAGGGAGAAUUGAUCAUGGACAUCAUGAUGGCAUCGCCAAACUGGCACUAACGGAGGCUGUGAUGUUUGACGGAGCUAUACAACGUGCCGCACAGCUAACCAAAGAAUCCGAUACGCUCACCGUAGUCACUGCAGACCACUCUCAUGUCUUCACCUUUGGUGGCAACACACCCCGAGGGAAUCCAAUCUUUGGUCUGGCACCAAAGAAGGCUGAUGACAGAAUGCCUUUUACCAGCAUCCUGUAUGCCAACGGCCCGGGUUACGUUCAUAUAAACGGAACCAGAGGGAACAUCACAAUGGUGGAUUACUAUGAUGAGGAGUAUAUGCAGCAGGCUGCUGUCCCACUGGAUGCUGAAACCCAUGGUGGGGAGGAUGUGGCCAUCUACGCCAAAGGCCCAAUGGCACACCUGUUCCAUGGAGUGAAAGAGCAGAACUAUGUGGCACAUGUCAUGGCCUAUGCUGCCUGCUUGGAGCCAUACAAAAACUGUCCUUCUCAAGCUCACACCCACAACUCAGCCAGGAGUGUGAGCAUAUCCUCGAGCCCGCUGUUAGGCACAGUUAUUCUCUUUUGGCUGUUCAGAUGACGUACACAAAAACACACAUACUUGCAUUGUAUGUAUUCAGCAAUACAGACCCACAAAUGCACUAAACAUUUGUACAAUACAUACACACACAUUCAACAGGGAAAAAGCUUUUCAACCAGGCAUGUGUGCAAAAUAUGAAUUGUUACAUGCAUGCAGUACCUGCUUGUUGUAAGGCCAGGAUUGCAUGUUUGCACACAUGCAAGUUUCAUAAUGAUGAUUGGUAUUGAAGUGAUCAGUACUUACUAGAAACAUGACUAGUACCUUGCACUAACCAGCUAAUGCUAGCAGCUAGUUAUAUUUUUUCCAUUCCUUUUCUUAAGUUACAGGUACUUCUAUCAAGCAGCCAUCAAGUGUAAACAAGAAGUUGAAAUUCCUAUUUACACAUUAACCUUGACUAAGAAUAACUUGAAACAAGGAAACAGGUUAAGGCCUCAUGGCUCAGUUUUCGGACAUUCACACAGCACACACACUGUUGUUGUACAUUAUGACCAUUGCGUGGGUUUACAUACAUGACUGGAUGCCAACAGAAACCUGGAUGAGCAGCUAUUGUGUCAUGCAAAGUGGAAGCACCAACCAACCUUAUAAGACUUUUCAAAGAAGAUGCAGUAACUCAUUCUGGGUUUUUCAGGAACAUAAAACAUGUACCAUGAAAAUCGUGGAUGUUGCUAUCAUGACCUCAUUUUCUCCAAAUAGUAAAUCUGUUUUCUAUCAGAUUUUCUGUCCUUUAAUAUGUUAUCUAUUUGGAUUUGGAUUACCUGAAUGUAUUUUGCAAGCAAAUAUUGUCAAUGUAUUUUUCUACUGUGUUUUUGCAAAUG